GAUUAGGGACCUAAAAAUGUAUUUUCAAAGUUGAUGGACCUAGAUGAUAAAGACCUACAAAUUUAAGGGCCCGCCAUGCAUUUAACUCUUCUAGGAGCAACUUGCUACAUUAUCCUAGAAUCAGUAAAGGGAGAAAAAAGCAUAAUGGAAUGGGAUGGCACAACAUAAAGCGCGCACAAAACGCACUCAAAAUCACCAUCCAAUCAUCAAUCUAUGGCAUGGCCUAGGGGGGAAGAAGGGGAAUCCUAUGCCACCCUUUGUAGACCACACCUUUCGUCCUCCGCGGUUGAGCCAUCCAUCAUGCCGCCCUCCCCCCUCGGCCCAUCCUAGAUCCCUUCACGUUCCCAUCAAAAGCGCAGGGCAUCUCUUCCGUUGAUCCGUCCCGACCAGGCCCAUCCCCACCGUCCCCUCCCCCGCCGAUCACGAGGCCUCGCCGCGGACAAAACGCUCGCACGGGCCCCGAAGCCCCCCAUCCAAAUCACGCAGCACGCCACCACCGCUGACGCAGAGGAGAGAGAGGGUGGGGGAGGGAGGGAGGCGGCGGCAAGGCAAUGGCGACGCUGCCGCAGCGGUUCAAGCUGCUGGCGACGCGGUGCGCGGCGGGGGCGCCGAGCCCGUCCAGGAGCCCCGCGCCGGGGUACGCGGCCGGGGCCGCCAGCCCGGGGUACCGCCUGCGCCGCCGGGGCCGGGGCGGCGCGGGGGCCGGCGCCAGGCGCCGCGGACGCCUGCGCCGCUUCCUCAGCCGCCGCGGCGGCGGGGGCGGCGGGAGUGGCGGGGGCGAGCCCCUGGCGGCCGCGCGGCGGGGGGAGGAGGAGGACGACGACGUCAGGAGGCCGCUGUUCGGCGGAGGGGGCCGGGCGGGGGGCGGCGGCGGAGGGGGCCGCACGCUGCGGGAUCUGUUCGUGGCGUCCCCGGAGGCCGGGCGCCGCCGCGGGGGCUGCAGCUGCGACUGCGGCGCGGACGAGGAAGAUGGCGGCGGGAGGGCGGGCGCGGAUCCUGGCGGCGGCAGCGCGUGGCGGGGGAGCCGGAGGUUCGGCUCCGGCGGGCUGCGGAGCCUGCUGAUGCGGCGGAGCUGGCGGCCGGUGCUGAUGGCCAUCCCGGAGGCGGACGGCGGCAAGAUGGAGCUCGGCGCCAUCGAGGAGUGAAUAAUAAGAGGAGGGCACUAGGAGAACCCAACUGAGCGAGUGGAGUGGGGCUGGGAGCGGAUGGGGGGACCGGAUUCCCGCGUCGUCGUCUUCUUCCUGCAUCCAUCUGUUCUUGUUUUCCUGUGCUCCUCUCCCGACUUGUGGUGGUUCUUGGCUUCACCUUCCUGUUGGUGGCCGCCGCUGUGAAUAUGAUGCGAUUGAAACGCCAAAUUACCUUCCAUGGCCCAUGGCACGGGUAGCGCCCCUUUACUA